UCGCGCUACGGCAGUGGUGCUGGGAGUCUCGUGUUCGUGGUGCCGUUACUCGCAGUCGGGCGGCGGCUGAGGCUCAGCGCACAGCGCAGGUAGCGCGUUAGCAGCAGUAGCAGCAGCGGAGGCACCUCGGCGGUCACAGCCCCCUGCGCUGGUGCAGCCACCCUCGCCGGCUCCGCUCUUCCUUCCUUCGCUCGCACCAUGGCUGAUCAGCUGACUGAAGAACAGAUUGCUGAAUUCAAGGAAGCUUUCUCCCUCUUCGAUAAAGAUGGCGAUGGCACCAUCACAACAAAGGAACUUGGGACUGUCAUGAGGUCACUGGGUCAGAACCCAACAGAAGCUGAAUUGCAGGAUAUGAUCAACGAAGUGGAUGCUGACGGGAAUGGCACCAUUGACUUCCCAGAGUUCUUGACCAUGAUGGCUAGAAAAAUGAAAGAUACAGAUAGCGAAGAAGAAAUCCGCGAGGCAUUCCGAGUCUUUGACAAGGAUGGAAAUGGUUACAUCAGCGCAGCGGAACUGCGCCACGUCAUGACAAACUUAGGAGAAAAACUAACAGACGAAGAGGUAGACGAGAUGAUCAGAGAAGCAGACAUCGAUGGAGACGGACAAGUCAACUAUGAAGAAUUCGUACAGAUGAUGACUGCAAAAUGAAGACCCACUUUCAACUACUUUUCCCUCUAGAAGAAUCAAAUUGAAAUCUUUUACUUACCUCUUACAAAAAAAAAAAGAAAAAAGAAAAAAGUUCAUUUAUUCAUUCUGUUUCUAUCUAGCAAAACUGAAUGUCAAACGUACCUUCUGUCCACACACAAAAUCUGCAUGUAUUGGUUGGUGGUCCUGUCCCCUAAAGAUCAAGCCCCCACAUCAGUUUUCCAGUAUAAAUACUCGUACUACCUUAUGAGGGAGCACUUAGUGGACUCCUUCACGUUCCAUUUGCUAAUGAUUAAUACACUGUUUGGGCUGGCCAGUUUCUCAUGCAUGCAGCUUGACAAUUGAGCACAGUCAGGCCUUUGUAUUAAAACGGAAAAAAAUGGACAAAACAAAUUCAAACCCUCAGAUGGGUUCUACAAUUUGUUGGGAUAAAUUGUCAGUAGCCAGUUUACUGCAAACAGACAUUUAAAAUUGGUUUACCUCAGGAUGAUGUACAGAAAAUGGGUGAAGGCUAAACUCUGAGACACAGCCCCAGAAAUAGGAUGGCCCUCUCGUCCUUCAAGUGCUCCAACCCCAUGGUGACAGUGACACCCUGGUGGCAUGCCCGAGGAUAAUGGUUUAGCGCUGUGUGCAUUGUACUAGAGUGAAGUAAACAUCAAGGCUGUCACCAAGUCACACAAAUUUUUAAUAAGAAAUGUUUACCAAGGGAGCCUCUUUGGACUCUCUGUUUUAAAACCUUGUGAACCAUGACUCGGAGCCAGCAGAGUAAGUAGGCUGUGGCUGUGGACUUGAGUACAACCAUCAACAUUGCUGUUCAGGAAAUGAUAAUUUACGUCCAUUCCAAGUUGUAAAUGCUAGUCUUUUAUUUUUUUUUUCCAAUAAAAAGACCAUUAACUUAAAAGUGGUGUUAAAUGCUUUGUAAAGCUGAGAUCUGAAGAGGGACAAGGACAAGGCAAUUGGAGGGGAGGCCAGCGUACAUAUAAACAUGUCCACUGUUCAGUAUAAACUGGAUUCCCCUCCCAAGUUCCCUAGCAUCAACUUGUGAAACCUGGCAGACAGCGAUUGCUUUAUCAUCUAUGGCCAUGUAAGUCUCAUUAUGUUUCUGUGUAUGUGUGAGUGUGUGCACGUGCACACAUAUCACACUUAAGGAUCUGUUGAGGCGGAGGAGAGCUUAGUGAGGGAACAGCCUCGCUCCCAAGCAUGUGUUUAGGAGUUCUCAUGUGCUGCUGCUGACCACAGGAGGCCAUGUGUGCAGGAGGCAUGAUUAGUGUGUCUAUUUCAAUCUUCCUGUGUAUGUGGAAGCAGUAUCCAGUCAGAGACACUACCAGUCACCUUUGAUUCGGUUUUUAAUUUAGGAUACCUUUUAGCCUUUAUAUUUUUUUUUAAAUUGACUUUGGUUCUCUCUCCGUAAGUAGAACUAAUGCUUAAGCCUCUGGCUUAAAAGAACCCCCCCCCAAAACAAACAAACAAACAAACAAAACUAUAGCCCAGAGUGAAUUUCAUGUCUUAAUUAUAAGGUACUGGUCUAUUUAGAAAGCCCCCCUCCCCCCAAGUGUGGCGCAUUUAGUACAGAGCUCAUUUUUGAAACAAGGACCUCAAACAUUUUUCAGGGUGUUAACUGGUUGUAUCUGAUUAGCAGGGAGCCUUGUCCUGGAGUGUGGGGGUGGUGGAACAGUGGCAGGCUUCUAGCAAGGCUCGGAGAAGCCCUUGGCAGCCGAAUGGGUGCAUCUCGGGCUAAUAUGUAGAUCCUUGGCUUCUCCAACUCUCCUCCUCCCUGCCUUUCUGGCGUUUUGUAGCUCCUUAGAAUUUGCUUUUUUCUGCCAGAGGGGUGGGUCAGAGCUGUGGAGAGGAAGACAUUGCUUGUGUGCUUCUGCUCGCCCUUAGACUGGGUGGUUGGCAGACAGGUUGAUGAGCUGUAAGAUGACUUCAAUUUCUGAAUCAUUAGGUAUUCCUGAGAAUACCUUGGGGGUUCCCUCCCAGUAAGAGAGCUCUGAGGGUUCCAGGUGUGAAGAAGUGAAUGGCAGUGGCUGUGUCUUGUAAGAGGAUUAAGUCACCCAGUUGUGGACCCAGUCCCAGGCUUGCGGUCUAACCUCUUGGUAGUUUCAAAGGGGGUCGGAGGUGAUUGACUUUUAAAACUUACCUCCUGUCUCUUACCUUUACCAAGUCUUUGUAGAAGCUGGGUAGACUCUACUUUAGCAGCCCCAUAGCCUGUCCCAAAAGGCUACCCUCGAAACAGGAUUCUUGUGUGGUCAGGAGUCUUGCGUGGGAACCAGAAACCCUAACCCCCAGGGAACGUGAAACUGAAGUUUGGAGCUGUGGAAGGCAGAGCACCCCUACCUCCUCAGCCUUUUCUUCUGACACCCUGGGGCGCGACCAGCCCAGGGCUUGGUGUUAGCAGUUUGUGAGGGGAGAGAGUGGGGUGUCAUGGCAGUCCCCCUGAAGUCGGAUAGCACUUUCCUGUAAACUCCCUCACUUAAGUACUCUAUAAAUAUAUACAUAUAUUUAUAUAUAUAUAUAUGUAUAAAGUGACUAGUUAUCUGGCAUCCUGCUUUAGCCUGAGACUUGCCCUAAGAAACCGCCGAAUCUCUGGCACACCUCUUCCUAGCUGUAUUCUCCGUCUGUUCGGGGGAGCUGUUGAGCAAGGCAAACGACUUGGUAGGUAGUUCAGGUGGGCUUUAAUGCACUGUUGUCAGGGAAGGCUUUUUCUGAUUUUUUGACAAAUUUUUGCACACUUUAAUUGGUGUCUUUGAGCAACUUAAACACAUUGAAGACGAGCUGUUGUACAUAGUUUUAUAUUCUCUUUAUAAGUGCAUGUCCAACUUGUAACCAUAUUGUAAUGAAUGGCUGUCCAGUAGGCCUAGCGUUACUAGCACACAGGAGGGAUAGCAUCUAUCAUUCGCCCCUCAGCAUCCUGGGAACUUCUUCUUGAACAAAGACUAAAUUCGGGCAAGUUGACUAUUAGUUCCAUUUUCUUAACCCUUAGAAUUAUUUAUUGUGUGUCCUAAAUAUUACUUUUCUUUGGUAGCGACCAGAUUUAUACUGUUGUGUCUUAACUGACCCCAUUCAGCUGGCAGUCACCUACUUUUUUUUUAUUUUUAAAUAUCCCUUGAAGUUGUCCUGUAGGAGACAAAUUCUCUGCUAUUUAUCCCUUUGAGUAAGAAGGUAGGGAUGUGUGUUCUUCCCCUAGACCUACUACAAUGUUCAUUAAACACCUAUAGCAAGGAUGAUGGUGGUCCUUCUGUUACUGAAGUCACCCUUCACUGUGGCUGUUUGAAAAAGAGAUGUACUUGAACGUUCUGUAAAUCUUGAGAUAAACUGUUUUGGAGAUUUAACCACCUCUCUCUGAUGGGGGACCAACUCUAUGGAAAUUGUAAAUAAGUUUUAUUUAUAAACCUGGCACUGUAUUCAAUAAACAUUUCUGCAGCCUUUCA